AUGGUUCUUCAUCAGUUCGAUUACCUCCUUGCCAUUGGCACCAUCUUCGCUGCCCUUGAUGCUUGGAACAUUGGAGCCAACGAUGUCGCCAACUCAUGGGCCACCUCGGUCGCCUCCCGCUCCGUCACCUACCUCCAGGCCAUGAUCCUCGGUUCCAUCAUGGAAUUCGCCGGUUCCGUCGGUGUAGGUGCCCGCGUGGCCGACACCAUCCGCACCAAGGUAGUCGACACCACUCUCUUCGCUGACGACCCGGCCCUCCUAAUGUUGGGCAUGGUCUGCGCCGUCGUUGCCUCCUCCCUCUACCUCACCAUGGCCACUCGCUUCGGCCUGCCCGUCUCCACCACCCACUCCAUCAUGGGCGGCGUCAUCGGCAUGGGCGUCGCGGCCGUCGGUGCGGACGGCGUCCAAUGGGUCGGCUCGGGCAUCAACGACGGCGUCGUCUCGGUCUUCCUCGCCUGGGUCAUCGCGCCCGGCCUCGCCGGCGCCUUCGCGUCCAUUAUCUUCCUCUUCACCAAGUACGGCGUGCUACUCCGUUCGAACCCCGUCUACAAGGCCUUUGUGAUGGUGCCCAUCUACUUCGGCAUCACCGCCUCGCUGCUCUGCAUGCUUUUGUUGUGGAAGGGCGGCAGCUACAAGGUGACGCUGUCCAGCCCCGAGAUCGCGGGCACCAUCGUCGGCGUCGGCGCAGCCUGGGGCGUGGUGGUCAUCAUCUUUUUGAUGCCCUGGCUCUACCGCGUCGUCAUCCUCGAGGACUGGCAGCUCCGCUUCUGGCACAUCCCUCUCGGCCCCCUCCUUCUCCGCCGCGGAGAGGUCCCUCCCCCGCCUGCGGACGGUUCCGGUGUCGUCCAGGAUUUCUACGCCGGCCGCUUGACCAAGGAGGAACUCGCUGCCCGCCGCGCCGCUCAAACCGGUGACUCGGAAAUGGCUGCCGGAGCCGGCGCCGUCGCCUCCAACCCCUCCAACCCCUCCGCUCCCACCGACGGCGAAAAGGUCCAGCCCGAGAACACCACCAUCACCAAAGACUCCUCCUCCUCCUCACACGACCAGCACGAGCCCGCCCAACCCGCCCCUCCCCAGGUCAAGACCAUCGUCGGCCCUCGCCCCUCCGGCCCCUGGAACUCCGCCCCCGUCCUCUUCUGGUACCUCAAAUGGGCCUUAUUCCGCGGCGUCGACCAAGACGUCAUCUCCUCCCAGCAAGGCGGGAAAUCCGUCAUCUCGUCCGACGUCGAAGAGCUGCACGCGCACGCAGCGCACUACGACAACAAGACCGAGUACAUGUACUCCUUUCUCCAAAUCAUGACGGCAGCCACUGCCUCUUUCACGCACGGCGCCAACGACAUUUCCAACGCCAUUGGUCCGUACGCCACCGUUUUCCAGCUUUGGAAAGACGGCGCGCUGCCGGAGAAGGGCAAGGCGGAUGUCCCGGUGUGGAUUCUGGUGUUUGGUGGUGCGUGCUUGGUUAUUGGGUUGUGGACGUAUGGGUACAAUAUCAUGAGGAACUUGGGGAAUCGGAUUACGCUGCAGAGUCCGAGCAGAGGGUUUUCGAUGGAGUUGGGGAGCGCGGUGACGGUUAUUUUGGCUACUAGGUUGAAGCUCCCUGUUUCGACUACCCAGUGUAUUACGGGCGCUACCGUCGGUGUUGGUCUUUGCUCGGGCACGUGGAGGACCAUCAACUGGCGCCUUGUGGCUUGGAUUUACAUGGGCUGGUUUAUCACUCUGCCCGUGACCGGCAUCAUUUCGGGGUGCUUGAUGGGCAUCAUAAUCAAUGCUCCCCGCUGGGGCUAUAGUGGCUGA